AUGUCGAACGAAGUUUUACUACUGAUUGGGCGGCAAUUGCCCACACAAAAUGAUCUCGCCGCGCUGGUACAAGUGAACCGUCGCUUCCAUCUUGUGGUAACACACCGCUUAUAUCGAUACAAUCUUUAUCACGAGAACGGAUAUGGUGUCCUUCGAGCAGCCAGGCUAGGCUCAAUCCAUGCGGUAGCCCAAUUUAUUAAAGAGGGGUAUCUUGUGGCAGACCGACCUGUUCAUGAGGAGGCCCACUCACAGGAACCUGAAUCAUUCGCCCCGUCAAUUGAGAAAGGCCAUGAAGAAGUUGCCAGGAGGCUUCUGGCUCACGGUGCCGAUAUUGGCGAUGGACAUAUACGUGAAGCCAUCUUGCAGUGCAACAAGAACGCGCUAGAAAUGCUCCUCGCCAAACACGCAGCCGACAAAUCGACAUUCGAUAUCUUGGAGCUCGCAGCAGAGGUCGGUGAUACGGAAAAAUUCCAGAUGCUAUUGGAUAAAGGCUUUCAAUAUCCAGAACGGGCUUUUGUAAAAGCAAUCGAAUUCAACCAAGAAGCAAUCAUCACACUUCUCCUAACACGAGGAACAGAUCCUGAUUUACCAGGCAUCUGUGAAUGUGGGGUCGGCGAAGCAAUUAUUCGCCGGCAUAUUGGCAUCAUAGAAAAUUUAUUGCGCCAUGGAGCCCGCAUCUAUUCUAAGACUCUGAGGUCUGCGCAACUUUUAGCUCCAAAGCAAAUAGCAGCAUUGGCAGAGCAGUUCCCUGUGCAUUCACUCGAGAAAAAGGACAUGUAUCCCUCUGUGCUUAAGAAAUAUGAAGCAUGGAAUCGGGGAUGGCGAUCAGACAAUGAUUUGGAUCUACGCGGAGAAAGCUUUGGUGAAGCAGCUGAGUUAACAGGCCGGAGAUUAUUACACCCUUCUACGUUAGAUAAAUCCUAA